AGAGAGACAGAGAGAGAGAGACAGAGAGAGAGAUCCAGUUGGCGUCCAGUUAGCGUCCACAUUGAGACCUGACGUUAAACGCUGCCUUUGAGCGACAGAUUAAAGCUACAUUCGAUCAUUUGAUAUGAGUGUGUUUGAAACGACUUAGAUAUGUGUCACUAGCUCGCUAGCUUAAGCAGCACAAACGGAAUCUUCAGAUGGGAGUUAGUGUGUAAACGCUGGUGAACCAUCACGGUCAAAUAAAACGCGCCUGUCCUCUGCUGAGCUGAAACACCAGCUCCUGGCCCCGGUGACGGCAGGAGAGAGGAGUGCAGCCAAGAGUCAAGAUGAAAUUCACAGAGCAUCUCUCUGCUCACAUCACUCCGGAGUGGAGGAAGCAGUACAUACAGUAUGAGGCUUUCAAAGAAAUGCUGUAUGCUGCUCAAGACCAGGCACCAUCUAUCGAAGUCACAGAUGAAGAUACCGUUAAGAGAUACUACGCCAAGUUUGAGGAGAAGUUCUUUCAGACAUGUGAAAAGGAACUGGCCAAGAUCAACACCUUCUACUCUGAAAAGCUAGCUGAGGCUCAGCGGCGUUUCGCCACACUUCAGAAUGAGCUGCAGUCUUCACUGGAUGCCCAGAGAGAGAGCGCAGUUAACAGUAGUGGACUGAGGAGGAGGAAGACGGUGUUCGCCCUGUCCCAGCAGGAACGAUGUAAACACAGAAACAUCAAGGAUCUGCAGCUGGCUUUCUCCGAGUUCUACCUGAGCCUCAUACUACUGCAGAACUAUCAGAACCUGAACUUCACAGGUUUCAGGAAGAUCCUAAAGAAGCAUGAUAAGAUUUUGGAGACUUCGAGGGGGGCCGACUGGAGGGUGGCCCACGUUGAAGUGGCUCCGUUUUACACAUGCAAGAAAAUCACACAGCUCAUCUCUGAAACUGAGGCACUGGUCACAACAGAGUUGGAAGGUGGUGACAGGCAGAAGGCCAUGAAGAGGCUGAGGGUACCUCCCCUGGGAGCUGCACAGCCUGCACCUGCUUGGACCACGUUUAGAGUUGGACUUUAUUGUGGAGUAUUCCUUGUCUUAAUGGUUACAGUGGUCAUUACAGGAGCUGUGAUGAUUCGUAGUCCUGAUGUGUGGCCCAUGGUCAGGAUCUACAGAGGAGGUUUCCUCUUGAUAGAAUUUCUCUUCCUGUUAGGCAUCAACACGUAUGGGUGGAGGCAGGCAGGAGUCAACCAUGUCCUCAUAUUUGAACUCAACCCCAGGAACAACCUGUCCCACCAACAUCUGUUUGAGAUUGCAGGUCUGCUGGGUGUGCUGUGGUGCAUUAGCCUGCUGUCCUGUCUCUUCAGCGACAGCAUCCUGGUACCAAUGCAGGCAAACCCUCUGGCUCUCUACGGCUUCUUCCUCCUCUUUCUCAUCAACCCUCUCAAGACGUGCUACUACAAGUCAAGAUUCUGGCUGCUCAAACUCCUGUUUCGAGUGGUGACAGCUCCAUUUCAUCAUGUUGGCUUCGCUGACUUUUGGCUGGCUGAUCAGCUGAACUCUCUGGUAGUGGUUCUGAUGGAUCUGGAGUAUAUGAUCUGUUUUUACAGUUUUGAACUGGACUGGACAAAACAUGAUGGACUAAUCAGCAGAGAUAAAAGAGUGUGCAACUCCUACUCCUAUGGUGUCCGUGCGGUUAUCCAAUGCCUUCCUGCUUGGUUCCGAUUUGUCCAGUGUCUGCGACGUUACCGUGACACCAAACGGGCCUUCCCUCACUUGGUUAAUGCGGGGAAAUACUCAACGUCUUUCUUUGUCGUCAUCUUUGCUGCCCUGUACAGUACACACAAAGCUGAAAAACACGAUGACAACCAGAUCUUCUUCUACUUGUACAUCAGCUGUUUAGUGGUCAGCUCAUGUUACACACUAGUCUGGGAUCUGAAGAUGGACUGGGGCCUAUUUGACCGAAAUGCAGGAGAGAAUACCUUUCUGAGAGAGGAAAUAGUCUAUCCUCAUAAGGCCUAUUACUACAGUGCUAUAGUGGAGGAUGUGCUGCUGCGUUUCUCAUGGACCUUGACUGUCACCCUCAGCGCUUUGUCUGGGUUUACUGGCAUGUCUGAUAUUCUGGCUACUUUGCUCGCCCCAAUGGAAGUCUUUAGGCGUUUUGUGUGGAACUUUUUCCGGCUGGAGAACGAACAUCUCAACAACUGUGGUGAGUUCAGGGCUGUCAGAGACAUCAGCGUAGCCCCGCUCAAUGCUGAUGACCAGACCCUGUUGGAGCAAAUGAUGGACCAGGAAGAUGGAGUCAGAAACCGGCAGGGCAAGAAGAGCUGGAAGAGGAGCUAUAGCAUGAGUCUACGUAGGCCAAGGCUUGCCUCACAGUCCAAGACCCGUGACACCAAGGUUUUGAUAGAAGACACUGACGAUGACUCCUGACAUCAGGCCACACCCCUCGCCUGGGUCCAGAAUUUGUUCAAAGGAGGGAAUUCCACCUCCUAACCUAGGAAUUACCCAGCGAGUUGGGCUGUGAACUCUCAACCAAGGAUGAGUUUUAAACUCUCAUGCCGACAUAAUCUGUUUUCAGGAGUCUCUGCUCGGGUUCAGAAUUAUUUCAACUUAAGCAAACUUGUACAAACAUCAUAGCCGAAAUGCCAUCAACCUCCUACUGCAACCUUCAAUAAGACCCAAGGGUGGGCUUAUCACUUACACUCUACUUUACCCAGCAGCGGGGGACAAACCUAUCUCCCUGACACCCAAAACCACACAGAGGUGGACUCCAGAACUACACUCACUCCUUCACCAUUGCUUUCGUUCUUCUCAAAACCUCAGCCUAGUAUGAAGAAUGCAGCUAAAUGGAACGCAAGCCGAUCGCUCUGACUGAAGUGUCCCCGCUCCCUGUCCGUGCCACAUAACUCAACACAGGAAGAGACUCCUUCAAGCUGACUGCUGUUAAAAUGUUGAAAAGUUUUACUUCCUGCCCUAUAGCUGUUAGUCUCCUACUAUACUCCGAGCGUCCAGAUAACAAGGCCUUGAAUAAAUGAUGUAACACGUCAAGUUCAUCUGUAAUUUGGACCCAGGAGUGAAUCUGAACCCCUUUCUUCUAGGAGAAUAAACAGAGUUCUAAAGUAAACAGACCCUUGGCGUUUACGCUGGCCAGCAGAAUAUGCAGACGCACAUUUUGACUGUCAAUGCAUUUCAGCUUGUCGCAUCAUCACAGAGCUGCCUAUCUACACCUUACAUGCUUUAGAAACACACAGAAACAUGCACUUUGUAGGAAGAGUCUAUUGUAAUGCCUGUUGUUUUCACUCACACACACUCAUAAGCAGUGAUUUUAAUAGUUUUAUUGAACCUAGGUUGAAAGGAAACACACGCACACAAGAAUAAACACAAGCUGUAGAUUAGUUGUAACCAUGGUUGUUGUAAAUAUGAAAUGGACCAAAGCAGGAGGUGGUGUGAAAAUAUAACGAAAAAUGUAAACCACUGUAUUGAACAGCAGCUGGAAUGACUGUUCAGCCAAAGAGCUGAGAAGGAAUUUGGUUUGUAUCCUGCAGAAACUCCCAGUGAACCUGUGUAAUGAAAGACCAUCCGUUGGAAAAGUAAAACCAUUUUUGUUGAAUAUAUGCCAACUUAUUUAUGUAUGGAUGUGUGGGAGCGAUGCCCAAAUACCACCAGUCAUCCCAUUCAAGCCUAUCACUUUUCAAAAAUGAAAUAGAGUGAAGGUGAAUCCAUAGGGAAUUUUAAUUCUGUGCCUUUAAAUCUUGAAAGAAAGAUUGAAGACUGUGUGACUGUAAACUGCUGGUUUAUGAAACUUAUUGUCAUCCGUCAAACUUGUUAACUGAAAUGUGAUGCAGGUGAUGAAGAGGGGGGAGGUUGCCUGUCAGUCGCAUGCUAGAUUUUGUCAGUGUGCGUGCAUGCAUGUGUGGUUUUCUUGGCAAUUUGUUUUUCCCUACACACAGACAAGUUUUUUCUUUAGUUUAAUAAUGAAUAGGCUGGCCCAUAGGCCUUAUCACUCAAAAGUGUCCUCUCAUUGAUGGGUUUGAUGGUGUCAAAUUAAUACCAGUCAGGAAAAAUGGAAGAGUUGCAGCUUUGAUAUGCACAAAAUGAAAAAUUUGUAAAAACACUAGUCCAAAUCAGUUCUGUGGAAAUUUAUUUACUUACUAUGUGUAAUUUAUUACAUGUGAGCCAUUAUUCUUGGCUUCAGGGAAUGUGAUCCCCUCAGUGUUUUUCUUAUUUUUCACCAAACCAUUGUGGUUUAGCCUCUUUAGUUUGAGUUUCCAUCAACAGCAUCACUGCAGGCACUAAUUGCAGUGUUUGUUGCCAAUUCCUCAGAGCCAUAAAACCGAAUCCUCUAAUCUGGUUUUAUAGAGACAGUUGUGUUUACACUGGAGAAACUUUUUUAAUAAAGAGUUCAGCUUCUUUUAUUUUCACCUUCCCAAUAAGAUUCAGACUUCUUAAAGGAAAAACUCAGAUGUUUUUAGCUGGUAUUGUCAACAACUGUUGUGGCCAUUUAGAACAUUCAGAAUGCAACAGCAGAAUAAACCCUGUCAAUGAAUCAAUCAAUCAAAUUUUGUAAAGCCCAUAUUCACGAAAUUCAUCUCAUAGGGCUUUAACAAGGUGUGACAUCCUCUGCCCUUAACCCUCAACAAGAGUAAGGAAAAACUACUAAAAAUAAUAACAGAAUAAACCCUGUCAACAGCUGAACUAAUCUGCAUCUCUUUUGUGGAACCAGGCCUUAGAGGUCCAGUAUGUAAGAUUAAGGUGAAGGGAUAUAUUGACAUAUUUUACGUAAAAUAAUUCUAGUGAUGUUUUCAUGAGUGUGAAUACUUUAUAUUUACAUUCAAGUAUUUAUUUAGAAGCAAUGAUAAGGUAUGAAAAGUUACAGCAAAACAAUGGGCACCCAACACACUACCCGGCCCUCUAACGGCACCGGGCAGUCACGAGUCACACCAAACAGACGGCGUCUGUAAUAUUUUAUAACAGUAAAUAGAACAGGAUUGGUCAAUAACGAGGGGAAGUCUUCGUUGGUUCUUCCUCGAUUGUGCGCAGGCGUAGUCCACCUUUUUUGCAUUGGAAUAAUGAUAUGACGAGCAGCAGCUCCCAUCUCAGUCCUCCUCUGAUAGUUGCUAGGCAAACUGUUCACUCUUUGACUAGCCUUGACACAGCUGACGCUUUGUAGGUCAGUGGUGUUUUUCAUUGGAGUAAAGGAUAUUGUGUUCCUGCUUUAUCGGCUGUAUGUUCUGUUUGUGUAAACAUUCGAAACAAGGAAACAAUGUCACUCUGUCCGUUCCCCAGAACCUGGGAGAGCUUCUUGAACUCUGUAUGAUGUCGAAUGAAGCUAAGGGAGAUAUGCUUUAAUAUAAAAAGUUAGAAAUGAGAACAAGUAAACGAUUCAUGAUUAACACCAAGCAGCAACGGUUAAUAAAAGUAAUUUGUGUGAAGGCCAUAUAUCUGGCCCAAACGGCUCCUGCCCCCCCACCUCCUUUCUUUUAUAGUUUAGAGUGCAGUUUCAUAAACAUCUUCACAGACUCAGGCACACGGACAAGCUAAAAUUUAAAAUCCCAGCAGAGGCCGCCAUAAUACUUGUAGUAGCCCAGACUGGAAAAACUAAACACCCUUUGAGUUUUUAUGAAAACUGAAGCUUACCACAUGUUUUUUUCAUGUUUGGAAGGGGAGGAUGUGGAGAGGGGUAUUCAGUUGCCACUAGCAACUUCACUUUAUGUAUUGAGCAGGCUGAUAGUUUGAAGUGACUCUUUUGGCAGCACAGGAAGUAGCACAAGAAACUUUGUGUCACGGUAACUUCAAAAUUUAUGCUAAUCUUAAACAAAACAUAAUGCAUUAUAACCAGUUUUUUAGGUUUAUACAUGAAAUCUCUUAUUAGUAAGUAGUGUAAAAUUCAUCUGCAGCUUUUUUUUCAGGUUUUUCAGUUUGACUAUACUACUAAAAACACUGCCGGUCAUUUGAUGCUAAACGUCCUUGUAAGAAUAUUUUCAGACAGCAGUUAGAUCUCUGCAGGUCUGGUACUGACACACACACACAGACAAAAUGUCACCAUUCAUUGACUUACAUACAUUCCUUUCCUGGAGACAAACUACAACUUGCCUUGCUCCUAGCUACACCUAACCUUCUCUUAACCUCACCCUAACCUUACUAUAAACUUAAGCUGAACUUAAACUUACUCUAACCUUCACCUAAACCGGAAGUUAACCUAACCCUAACCGUACCUUAAUCUUAGCCCUACCUUACCAUAACCGUAAUCUAAACCUAUCCCCUGACCAUACAUAACUUCCCCAUGUUAUUGGGACUUGCGUUUUGUCCCCACAUUGUGACUGUGUGAACAGAUCAAGGUUCCCACUAGUUUCUGUAUUCAACUAGAGCUUUGAAAUUAGGCUGUUGUCCUCACUGCUUCUGUCUUCAAAACAUGCUAUCACACACAAUUGUUCGACCCUGAGAUAACUUGAGUUUUUUUAAAUGCACAACUUCUCCUUCCUCUGGGUUUCAUAUGAACAAGUCUUAAUUUAGAAGAAAUGUGAUUAGAAACCCAUCCCUGUGUAAUUAACGACAUUCCAAAGUGACACUAAGAUGAAAUCUCAGUUCUCAGCUGGUGCGUUAGGUUGUUCAUUCACAAGCUAGACUUAAGCUUCUUGACUCUUUAGCUUAGCUAAUGAAAGCUAUAAAUUUGCGUCCAAAUCCAGGAAAAAACAAUUGGGUGAUCCCUCUGUAUGACAACCAAGCCUAACAGCAUUAGAUGUUUACUUAUUAUGAUUCUGUUCAUAGUUUUAACAGCAGCAUUUGGUGAUUUGGACCUUGUGUAACUGGAGUUGUUAUUUUUGUUCUCUUUCUACAUUCCACAUUUUGCCUCAAACUCCAUCACACACAAGCCCAAUCGUCUGUAAAGAUGUUUUGAAACUGUGACAGAGAGGUGAAACAACCUCCCCUUUGCCAGCCAUCAGUCAAGUAAAAUCCAUCAGUUGAGGGUUGGGCUGGGUAUCUAGCCCCAAUAUGUUUUUUGGCACUAACACUAAUGGGAAUGCCUCACAGAGUAUAUCAUGACCUUAAAGUGAAUGUCUGGUUAAAUUUAUUAUUUAAUUUUAGAUGUUUAUAGACAGUUAUGAAACAGCUGCUUGAUAACAUUUAAUACUUCAAAAGUUUGACUUAUUCUAUCAAAUGAAAAGUGAGGUGUAGAAGUUUGUGUUUAUAAUUUGCCAAAGAAGGAACCAAAACUCUAGAUUCCCAGCUGUAGUCCAGACUGGUGGAAUCUACUUGAUCCAAAAUAAUUUCUUUCAGAAUCUUUUGAGGAUUUUAUGAUGAUAAAUAUGACUCUCUGUUGUCAACAGGCUUAUUUCCCAAGAUUUCACAGUGCACCACUUGUAUGUGACCAGGAUCUCAUUAUUUGUUUCACAACAAAGCUGCACAUUUGGCCUCAUGCGGGAAAUUCUCUGUACUCUGUACUCUUAACUCAAAACUUCACUUUUAUUUUGCAAGGUUUGUCCGUCUUCAGAUUCACAAAAUCCCUUUACUGGACUCACGUGUUGUAAAUAAUUUGUUUAAAGCUGAUUGACGAUACCUGUUCAUAUUCAUGAACCUACCUUAUCAUGGCCCUUAAACUAUUAAACAUCAUAAAGGAACAUUUCUGGCUUUUAUUUUCAGAUCAUCUUACCACGAAUAACUUCACUUAUCGCAUAAGAAAUAAGAGAUAUCCCAGCAUUCAAAUUCAAACUCCCCAUAGCAUUGUUUUAUGUAGUUUGAAGAGAAGGUACAUAUUGCAGUGUCUAUAAUACAUACAAUGAUAAGUUUUUUGUUUUUUGUUCUGUCCCCAUCAUCCAAACAUUUCAGAGUUCUUAGUUCUGACCCAGUGUAACAUUUAGUAUGUCAUUUUCACUGACCAGGUUAACAUUUAACUUAGUAUUUUCUGUUUGUUGAACUUGUUAUGUCCAGUUAAAUCAGUAAACUCACAUUUCAAAGAGUGAUAUAUUGGCAGAAAUUGAAUAUAAAAUAAUCCUAGUGAUGUUUCGCUAGUGUGUUUCAUCUAAUUUGUAUGAAUUGCCGUGUACUUUACCCUACAAUGGGCCCUUAUUUCUGUAAAGACGCCGCCAUUGUCUUUUUACAGUUGCCAACCUGGGCAAACUAAAGACCUUUUGAGAUUUUUAUGAUAACUGAAGGCUACCACAGGUUCUCUUUCAUGUUUGGGAGGGGAGGGUAAGGUGAGGUGUAUUCAACAUGCAACUUCACCACUAGAUGUCACAAAAUUCUGCACACUGCCCCUUUAAACCUGUUUAAUAUUAAUCUACUUUUGCCAAAGAGAUGACUGAUUUAACUGUUUCAGUGUAGUAAAACAUUUAGAAAAUAUCCAUACAAUAUUAACACCGACAGCAACAUGUUAUCAUUAGUUUUUUUUAAAUAAUUGUUUUACCAUGGUUGGUACUUGAAUUGAAAGACAGGUCUGGAACACUUAACUCUAAAUACAGAAAUGGAUUAAUGUCACACAUUUUUUUAAAUCACUUGAUUCAUGUUAGAGCAAAUGUGUUUGUAUGAGAAGUUACUGCGAGAGACCUAAUGUCUUGAAUUCCUCAGUCUUGAUUGAUGGACCAGAAAGACUUUUGUCCAAGUCUUAGUACAUUUGAACCAGGACAAUAUUGAAAGCUUUAUUGAAGCAGUUUUAAAGGUUCCGAUCAAAGAUCAAGUGGUGUGAUCGAGUAUGAAGUCCUCAUUUGGAAACAAUCCAAGUUAUGUUGAAGUAUCUGGUUCUUCCAGGAAGUGACAGGCAUCACCAGGGCUUCUGGCCUCAGAUCAAUCUGAUCUGCGUUAACAGGAACACAGGGUUGCUCCGAGACAUCCCUGGUGCUAUGUUGUUGCAAAACUCUUUCAGGAUUUGUUUUUCUUCUCAAGUGAACUGAUAUGAAUUUAAGAGGUCUGAUCUUUAAAGAUAUUUGGUGUUCGUUGAGCCCCGCCCUGUGAGCUCUAUAUGCACAAAAACACACUGGUCAUUAUCCUGCAAUCGUCACUGGACUGCCUGGCUUGGAGCAUGGAGCCUCUUAGAGGAUGAGGAUCCAGUGACAGGGUUUAUUUUAGACACAAAGCCAUGCUGUUCAUUCACUCAUAUUGUCUUUGUAUAUUUUAAGCGUGCCCCUUUUUCUUCUUUUUUUUCUUCGGAUUAACUCGAUAAGGUGAAGAUGUCUGAGGAUCUGAGACUCUUCAUGCUUACUGGCCCAAAGCUUCUCAGCAUGGAACAAACCAUCCUCAACCUGGAUUAGAAUCCUCUGAUAUCCACACCGUGUGACCCGGAGCUGUUGAUUAUACAAUACAUAAUAUACUGAUAUAAUAUAUUGAUUAGAAGCACUGUAUAAUGAGUGACUGUGCCGUGGCUGUUGUCUCGUACUUACAGUAGCAACGUGAUGCUACAGAGGUGCCUGGUUCACCAACCCCUGUUACAGUUUUUCAGUAAAAAUCUGCUCAAACAUGUAUGUGACUCUUGGUUCUCGUCUUAUCUCGCUUAUCAUUAUUACUAUUUAUUACGAUGACGCGUGAUACUGAUGUUAAUGUAUGUGUUUACCACACACAUGAACUUCACCAUUCAGGUGACAUAUUCCUUCAAAAAGUAGCACAUAGAACACAGUGGCACCUUCAGUCUCAUUUUGGGACUCAGAUUGGAUACAUGUAAGCAGGGGUGGAACUUGUAACUAAAAGUACUGUGUUUAAGUACAGUUAUGAGAUACUAGCAAUCUACUGUGUUGUGUUGUACUCUUUACAGGUAUAGUUACUGAUUACUUUUCAGAUCAAGAUGACAGAUUAAGACUUGACAAUAAACUUGUGUCCACUUGGGGUCACUGGUCACAUUUCAGGGGAGUUAACCUUCAAGAUAUUUGUUCUGAUGAUUUUGAUGUAAAUAACUAUAAAAUGGUCUAUAUUUGAAGAAGCAGCCGUCUAUGAUAAGGUAUGAUUAUGUAAAUGUUAUGUCUUUUAUUUCUACAUUUGUAUAAGUAAUUUACUCUGAGAAAUCUUUAUAUGAAUUGAUUCAUUUGAAAGUUGUAAUCAUUCAUUUUAAAAGCAGAUUGAACUGA